AAUAAGUAUAAAACUUAUGUUUGCGCAAAUUAGACGAAAAUUGUGUUUUCUUUGAUUAUAUAUUGGAAAGUAAGGCUUAUUUAACAACCAUUUUUGGGGUACUGUCUUUUUGAUAGACGUACGAUAAUUUUCUCAACGGUACGAUAAUUUGUAUACUCAAAUACGAUAAUUCUCUUCCGCACACCUGGCAACACAAUUUGUCAUAAUGCAUAUGUCAACUGUGCGACCAAUGACCAUACAAUACAUUGCCCAUCACAAAACAUUUUUUAGUUUAUAGUUUCGGUCUCUCAACUUUCGCAUGUAACCUUUUCAUAAUUCCAAAAUGCUUUAUCAAAUUCAGAAUGAAUUUUAUUUAUAGCUUACACUUUAAUAGUAGUAACUGUGAGAUUACGUUAUGUUAUGAUAUAUUAUCAAUAAUCUAAAAAGCAUAAUAAAACAUUAUUUCCUUAUUCUUAAUGUCGUGCCCGUUAAGUGUUAGAAUGUAUCAUAUUUUUUGGGUUAUAUUGUACAGACUUUGGGAUGUGUCAACGUUAACUUUAAUAUCCAGUAUUAUAGUAUUUUUCCUAUAUGGAUAUUUGAUUGCAUUUUGUGUCUUUAUGGUAGGUCUGUCUGGAAUCUUGUACAAUGCUCAAGACCUUUUGUUAUAUUAUCCAAAUGAUCCACCGGAAUCCAGAAUGUUCAUCCUUCAACCUAGCAACUUUAAGUUACCUCAUGAAAAUAUUAAAAUAAACAACAAGGAUAAAUUAAAAAUUCACAUAUACCUUAUUAAACAACCAACUAAUAGUAACCAUAUACCAACAAUGAUAUUUUUUCAUGGGAAUGCUGGUAACAUGGGCCAGAGGCUGUCUAAUGUUUCCGGAUUUUAUCACAAAUUAAAAAUAAAUAUAAUGAUGGUGGAGUAUAGAGGUUAUGGUUUAUCAGAAGGCACGCCAUCAGAAAGGGGUCUCUACAUAGAUGCUCAAUCUGCACUUGACUACAUUAUGCACAGAACGGACAUUGAUCGCUCAAAGAUUGUUUUGUUUGGCAGGUCAUUAGGUGGAGCAGUGGCUAUAGACUUAGCUUCCAGGUUGGAGAAUAGAAAUAAGAUCUGGGCUUUAGUUGUGGAGAAUACAUUCACGAGCAUACCUGAUAUGGCUCAGAUCAUUCUCAAGUGGAGGUGUUUGAAGAUACUACCACUGAUAUGUUACAAGAACAAGUACAUGUCAGUGAACAAAAUUGCUCAAGUACUAGCACCCACAUUAGUAAUUUGUGGCUCCAAUGACAGUCUAGUGCCACCUGAAAUGGCAAAUCAGCUGUACAUGAGGUGUGGAGCCAUCUGCAAGAAGCUGACUGUGAUGCCGGGCGGCGGCCACGACAACACCUGGACCUGCAGAGACUACUACUCUUCCAUCCAGCAGUUUCUGGUCAAUGUUCCGAUGUUGCCAGCUAGUCUCGGACCACUUCUCGACGGCGAAGACAACGAUGCUUAUGAUAACAAUGUGACGGGACACAACUUAGUGCACACAGUAUAGUGAGUUGACUGAGUGAUAAUAUAUAAUGUGUACAAAAAAGUACUUUUACCUCAAUUUGCACAUAUUAUGCUAACAUGUAAAUUAUUUUUUAUAUCAUCUUAUUAUUAUUGUACAGAAAGUUAAUUAUCACUGCCAAUCACCCAUCGACAAGAGCACAUACAUGUGGUGUUUUGUAGCAGUUCAAGAAGGUCUUUAAAAAAAAAUAGAUGACCCGUUUAAAGUGUGUAGGGCGCAUGGUACCUACACUCCUAGAUGUUGUACGUAAUUAUAGAAAUUGUAAUUUGUAGCACAAGUUUUGCAAUUGAAAAGCAAUAAUAAACGCAAGCUUGUCAUUUAAUUUGGAGAAGCAAUAAAUUUAUUUCUUAUA